AUGGCUGAGGCAUGUCAAAUAAUUAGAAAACAAGACCUACCUCCGCCUGGAGGCUACCGGCCUAUUCCAUUUAAACGAAUUCCCGCAAAGUCAUAUUUUAGCGGGUUCACAUGGAUCGCUGGCUACAUUGGUGUAACUGCUAUUUCCUCGUACCUGUAUUACUUGAAUUACAAACAGAUAGUCAAAAACAAAAUCGAGAUGCGUUCUGCAAAGAUGGCAAUUUAUCCGAUGCUAUUGGCGGAAAGGGACCGUGAAUACAUGAAGCAAUUGCGUAGAAAUCGUGAUGCUGAGGCAGAACUUAUGCGCGAUGUUCCUGGUUGGGAAGUGGGGACUUACUAUGGCGAGAGAGUGUACAAAUUGUUGCCACCUGAUGCCUUAGUUGAACCAAUAUUCCAUGAAUACUAUGCUCAUACUGAGCCAUCUGCAUGGGACAAGAAAGUUGAUCUUAGACUAUGGUCUUAA